CUCCGCCAGUGCCAAAACAAACACACUAAACUGUCACUGUCCUCUGUCCAGUCUACACUUUCACAUUCCUCUAUCAGUUGGUGUGAUGGCGUGGCAUGUAGGAUGUCCGGUAAACAGGAUGUUGGCACUAUGCAUAGCUUUUUUAGAUGUACGGAUAACAGGACGUUGGCACUAAAAGGGUUAUACAUUUAAAGGUGCUUAGGAGUAGGAACAGCUGACAAUCAAGAUGCAUGCUGAAUUGGAGGAAACAGUUGAGAUGUCAGCAGUUGGAGGCAAGUCAGCUGUGUAUGAAGUCAACUCACAAUUGCGGGAGUCUUCUUUCUGGCCUCAGAUACUUGCUUGUUUAUCAGCAGCAUCUCUACAUUUUGCAGUAGGGGCAGUUGUAGGAUUCUCCUACAUAGUGAUUCCAUAUCUUGAAUCUCCAAAAUCAGAUAUAAGAGUGACUGAAGAAGACAUGUCUUGGCUAGGUAGUGUGGUAGCACUGAUGUUGCCAGCGGGGUCCAUGGUAGCGGGGUGUAUCAUAGACAAGAUCGGACGUCUCAACACCAUCAGGGUUGCCAUCUUGCCCUAUGUAACAGGCUGGUUUUGUAUAGCAGUGGCGACUGGUGUUCCCUUUCUCGUGGUUGGCAGGAUCCUCACUGUCUUCUCUAUGGGUUUAGCUUGUAUCCCAGCUGUGGUAUAUAUCACAGAAGUUGCCAAACCAGACCACAGAGGAGCCCUCAUUUGUACAUCACCUUUUCUGGCAUCUUUGGGUAUUCUUGUGAUGUAUGCUAAAGCAGCUUUCAUUUACUGGAGAACCAUCUGCUGGAUAUCCAUCUCCUACUGUGUCCUGCCUCUCCUGCUGAUGUACUGGUGGUCUCCAGAGAGUCCUGUCUGGCUGGUGUCUCAGGGCAAGACUGAACUAGCACUCACAUCUCUGAAAUUCCUCCAGAGGAGUGAUAGCAAGUUUCAGGGAGGUGUAGCCGAGCAGAGACUGUCAACUUUACUUGAGGAACAUAACAAAGCAACUCAGUCUGAUAUCAGGAGGUCAACCUUUGGCCAUCUUCUGUCCCAUUUCACUAAACCAACUGGAUACAAACCAGUCCUACUUCUUACUGUGAUCUUCACUCUCCAGGGACUUUCUGGGAUUUACAUCGUACUGUAUUGUACUGCAACUUUCUUUAAGAAUAUAGGUACCCCUAUAAACCCCUACAUCUGUACAGUUGGUGUAGGAGUGGUGAAAGUGGUGCUGGGAAUAGUCACCAUAAUUCUGCUGAGGAAGUUUGGUCGCCGACCACUAUUCAUGCUGAGCUGUGCCACGAUGGCCUUAUCCAUCUUCACUUGUGGAUACUACACCAAGCAGAUAGCUGAAGGACAUGUGGAAAAAUAUUGGAAUCCAAUGAUGUGUAUUUUGGUUUUCACAAGUGCUGGUGUUGUCGGGUUCAUGAGUAUUCCAUACUCUAUGUCAGCUGAACUGUUCCCUGUAGAACUGCGAGGAUUGGCCCAAAGCCUCCUUGCUAUUAUUGCAAACUUGGUCUUAUUUGUUGCCCUUAAGAUUUAUCCUUUCCUCAGUGAAUUUCUUGGAGAAUAUGGAGUUCAGUGGUUCUUUGCUGCAGUUUCCUUUGGUUCUAUAAUUUUCAUCUACAUUUUCCUCCCAGAAACUCAUAGAAAAGAGCUGCCAGAAAUGCAAGAAUAUUUUACAAACAAUACGGCUUUCCCAAUGGAGUAUGAUACACUGAGAAAAUUUUAUGGGAUAGAAGAAGCUGUGACAGCUUUGUGAUAGAGAAUGGCAUACUGGAAGGAUUUCUUCAUAGUAUUACAAAAGGCUGCUAUCAGAUUGCACUAUCACUAAGUGAUUCAGUAUUACAGUGGUAAUUUUUACAGUCUACGAGUACCAAGGUAUGUUGUUUAUUUGAUAUAAACAUUUAAAACUCUAAUUUAAUUUAUAAUGCACAAAAAGUGUGGUGCUAUGUAUUUCACCAUUAUUUUAGUUUAUGAAUGAAUUUUAAAUCAUUUCUUGGUAUUGUAGACAUUAAGUAAAGGAGUAAAAUAGUGAUACGCAAUUGUCGUACACUCCUAUUAAUUGUCUUGAUUGUUGGAAACUCUCGAGACUUCAGUGGAAUAUUUCACAACUUAAAUGUCUUGUUUCUAUUCAGAUUGGAGUAGGGCUUCUUUAUGUUUAACUUGUUAAGAACUUUUUUUUACACAUUGAGUGCGGCGAGCAGGAAAUCCUGUGCUCAGAACAGUCAUAUCGGUGUGGUAUGCAGGAUUUCUCGCACUUUAACCCACCUACCACUAUUGUAUCAGUUGCCAGCUAGCAUUGCUUGGCAAAAAUUGUGCGGUUUGUAGGAUUGAAAGCCAUCCAACAGAAAAUUCCUGGCAAGAUGUGACAGUUCCAGGACUUAAAGUGUUCAUAGGUAUUGUGCUUCAUAAGGGAACAAUUAGAAUCUGUCAGAACCAGAACUACUGGAAAAGAUCACGAAUAUUUGAUCUCAAAUGCUUCAAAGAACAAUGUGGAAUGUGAUGGUGAUAAAGCAGAGGGUAGGCUAAACAAAGUGGAAAUGCCAGUUGAGUAUUUCAACCAGAAAAUUGAUGAUGUUUAUUACCCAUGUAAGGAACUUUUUCUUGACAAGGGAUUGAUGCUGUGAAUACUAUAUUUUGGUGUUUCGGCAGUACAUAAAGGGAAAACGCCAUAAACAUGGAAUUAAAUUGUACUCUCUCAAUGUGAGUCUCAGGGACUAGUUUCUUGAUUUGUUGUAUACUCUGACAGUCAAGAGGAUUUAGGGGGCAAAUAUCACACUACCAAUGUAGUAAUAUAUCUGAUGAGAGGAGGACUGAAGACACCUUAUACAUGGACAACUUAUUCUCUUGCUUCUAAACUGCUGUUCAACAAAACCUACCAAACUGGCACCUCAGACUGAAUAGGAGACAUUCCAGAUGUAAAACUGGCAAAACUGAAAAAAAUGGAAACAAUUGCACGAUAUGCUGAAGGUGUCAUGGUGGCCAAAUGGAGGGCUAAAACAUUGUGUCAUACAUCUUUACGAAACUUGACGACAACAUGGUCUUCACAACGAAUUGUGUGUAGAGAAAAACCCUUGGCUAUUGCGCAAAUUAGCAUGAAAGGGGUUGCUGUCCUACCACCCUAGUGAUCACAAAUCAAUAUUUUGGUCUAAGAAGAUUUUUAUUCAUCUUCUUCAGAUGGUCAAGGUAAGUUCUCUUAAGCUACAUAAUGUUGUAAUUGAUGCCAACACCAUGCAACUGUUUGACUUUCACCUACAGAUCAUCGAAGCACUGUCACCCCCCAAACAGGGACCUCCUCUAAUGCGGCCUUAAUGUAACACUGCAUGUGCUUUCAAAGUUAUUCAGAAGUCAAUGUGUUAACUUAAACACAUCUCACUAAGCAAUAUUUAAGAGGCUUUCAGUGUUGUAUAUUGUAUUCACAAUGUAGGAACCUCUCUAACCAUUUAGUUUUAGUCUGUGUUUACCAAUGUUCUUAAUAAUAUGUGCAAUCUUCCGGUUUGAAUUUGGUCCUUUAUGGUCAUUUCGCUAACAGCAUUUUGUUAUUUAAAUCCUUUACUAACAAGGGAUUCAUGUAAACAGUGCAGAAUCAAACCCAUUGUAUCCACAUUCAAACUUGCUGUUUUUAUAGGAAAACAGUUUAAUUACACUGGCACUAAGCUGGAUUAUGCCAUGCAACAAUUAAAGUACAGUUGACACUAAUUUAUUUGAAAUUAUAGUCAAAUUUAAUUCAAGAACUGGCAACUUAAUUACCUCUAUUGGAAGACCAGUUUUCCUGGGUUUUCAAGGAUAUUUGAUAAAAAUAUAAUAAAUAAAUACUCAAAAUUAUUUGAUUAUGUAUUGUCAGGUAUUUUUUCAUAAAAAGUCUAUAUUUUUACUAUGCAUAUUUUUAUAAGUAAGCAUUUUUUAAUAUUUGAAUAUUUAAAAUAUUUUUUUUUUUUCAAGGAGAGACCGUACCUACAGAAGUGGUAUAUAUUUGCUAAAUAAAAAUGUCAAAAUAUACAAAUUAUUUGCAGAUUUCACUAGUUUCCAAAAAUAUGUCGUUGGAUGGACUUAUUUCAUAAAUUGUUGCGUAUAUUUUGGAAAAACUUACAACAGAGCAUUUUUAUCAAAUUUAUUUUACAUUACCCUGGUAAAAUUUUAUAUUACAACAAUCAUAUUCUUUUCUAUGCAAUAAACAGUAUUAUUUCACAUUAAGAGAAGCAUUGACAUAUAAUUUAUCAAUAACAAGUACAAGAACAAAAUUAUGUAGCAAAACACCAUAUUUAUAGACCUGAAAAUCUUCAAUUUUCUUACACACCAAACUUUAUAUCUCCAAAAGUUAAAAUUUUCUUCUCAUGUUGUAAAAAUAAAAAUGUAUUUAUCUACAUGUAUUAUCGGACAACACACUCAGUAUUGUCAACACCUAUUCCUAAUCGUUAUAAAAAUCUAUUUACAAAAAUGUACAAUGAUAAACCUGAGUUUCGGCAGUUAAGGUAGGGACACUGAGAUCUUACACUAGGUCUAAUCAGAUUCAUUAUUGCUGGAAGGUUUACUCUUUCUUCCUUAAUGAGUUGGUCUCCAUCUGUGUUCUAGCUUACUAAAACAUUCCAUGUGUACGCCAACAGUACAUCGUGGAUAUUGUUAGGCAGUUCUUUGCCUAUGUAGAUCCAGAAGCUCCAGCAGUCACUACAGCGAUGGUCACCAGUAUCUGGGUUAAAGAAAAGGUUAUAAUAAAACAACACAACUUGGCUCUUUAAUUGAUUAAACAUCAUACUUUAGUUAAAUGUGAAAGUAUAUAAAUAUUUAACUUUGUAAUGACAUAAAACAAUGUAUUUUAGUAAAUAAUUAAACAAAUCCAAAAGAAAUUAUUCCAGAACAAUUAUUUAAUUGAGAAAUCAUUAUAACACUAUUGAAACAAGCUUUUUAUUAGUCCUAAUAAGACACACCAAAUUUUAAACAUGAGAGAGCACUCUACGUUUUUAAAUAACAAUUAUUUACAUUUUUUCAAUCAUUUUCAAUGUACUAAUUAUACAUUUAAAUAUAAAGAGGUGUUUAAAAAAUCCUACAAGUAAAAUAUGUACAUGCGCAAGGGUUUAUUUGUUACUAGAAUGAAUCAAAUUAAAUUUGGUCAUAAUAAAGCAAAAUUAGUCAUUUUGAGUAAUGUACAAUUAGUAAUACUACUGAAAAAUAACUAGGCAUCAAAUAACUUUCACCUUUUGUCUUAGUCAUUGCCAGCGUCUUUAUAUUUUAUAUAUUCAAUAGUACAUCCAUUUUCUAAAUAAAAAAGAAUACUAACAAUCACAAAUUUUAUAUAUGUACAGUAUUAACUCAUAUGCAUAUAAAGACUUUUUCAAUAAAAUGAUGCGUGAAAAAUUAUGUUGCACACGGAAGUUAUUCAAUGCCUAGGACUACGGAAGGGCACAAACAGAGGCUACUUCCAGCUCACAACAUUAUCUUGACUCAGACUAAUGUAAAGGUACAGUUGGCAGUGGGGGUGACUGAUUCUAGUUCUUAGAAAGAGGCUCACAGAAUAUGCCAGGCUGCCAACACACAGAAAGUAACUUUUUUAAAGAAAAACAAAACAACCUGGAGGUAACCUCUGUGAUGGGCCCUCUCUAGAUUUAAGGUAGGAGUUAAUUUUUUGUUUUAAGCUGCAUACACAGUAGAGUAGAGUGAAUAGACAAAUAUUACUAUUCACUUCACUAUAUUUUAAUCAAUUCUUUUGUGAAAAUGACAAUCUGAUUGGUUUUUCAGUAUCAAACUUUUUAGCUUUUAACUUGUUUUUAUACAAAAAGGUGCUUCUUUGUUUAGUUUAAAUAUGACACGAGAAUGUUAUGGAAAUAAUAAAGUACUAAUACUGAAUUUGAUAGAUGGAUUAGAUAGGACUGAUAAUAAUACUGAUGAUUUAUGGAAUAUAUAAUGUGAUUUCCUAAUAAUUGCCAUUCUCAUCCGACUUAUGUACUGAUAGUGUAUACUCCGGGUAAAGGAUGAUUACUUAACAGCCCUAUGACAAGGGGAGACUGAGGGACAAACAGUUUAAUGUGGGUCCUGAACAAACUACUUAUAAGUCUGAUAUUAUUAUAAAUAUGAACACAUAACUUAAUUAAUGUUCUGUAUUCAACCAGAACAUACUCAAUUCUCAAAAAGUGCCUGUUCAUCUAAAACAGGAUAACAUGAUAGUAUUGUAGUGAAGCAUGGAACAAAUUAUUACAACUUUAUGUUAAAUAGAAAUCUACUUUGUUUAAUCACCUUGUUCAGUUAAUUUUUGUUUUUUAUAGUUUUCCUUAAGUUUGUUGUAACUCCUAACAUUGUUUAUAAAAUAAGAUACAUGCAGUUGCAACACUCAUUAUUGUUCUUACAAUCAACUGUCAGUAACUAAUAGUUUUUAAACAUUUUGUAAAAAUAAUAUUUUUAUUCCAGCCUGAAAGGAUAAAGCAAAAUAUUUCAAAUUUAUUGUAUUAUUAACCAAGGAUCUGGCACACCUUAUAUUGGUUUUUUGUUGUGUUAUAAAUAGCUGUGCUCAGUAUCGUGUCUAACAUAGUUUUUUCAUGUGUAGUUUAUAUAUUUAAAAUAUAAUAAAAUAGCAUCGCUACUAGCGAAUAGAGGAAUGUUUAGUUUACAAUUAUUUGUUUUACGUUUAUACUCAGCAGAAUAUUUGUUUAUUGAGUUUUAAAAUACCUUGUGAAGUUACUAAAAUAUAAAUUAGUAUUCAAUUCAAUUUAGAAAUAGGAAAGGUCAUGAUGAUUGGUAUUAAUAUAAAUUGGUAUAAGUAUAGUAAAAAUGUAAAAAUAUAUUUUCAAAUUAAUGAAUUUUUUUAAACUAAUAUGUCAGGUUCAUUUAGAAUUUAUUAUGGACCAAUUGUGUGAUAUGAUAAUCUUAUGGGGGGUGAAGAUUUACAUUUAUGACAAGCUGUGAUUUUGUAAAUCUGUGCAUGUUCUCUUCAUUUUCCACAGCAGUAGGCC